GACUCCAGCUCCCUCUUCUAUGGAUUCUCCCGCUGAAGACUUCUAGCCAUCGAUUCCUAGUACUGGAAUUCUAAUCUCUAAGGCUAUACAAGGUCGCUUUUUAGUAUUUGAACUGCGCCAAUAGGGAGAGUCAUUUCACGGGACUGUGCCCUCAAUUCUUUCGGAACUACGCAUAUAAUCAUCCGCCGUUGGGAGGUUCAGGUCCUUGGAUGGUGGUUCUUCCUCCCGCAAACUUGAAGGCGCUAUUGUGAAGUGGACAUCUGUCGUCGGAGAGCAUGUUCGCUAGUCGUGAAACGGGCAUAGAGAAGUCCAAAACUCAUGGUAAAGGGAACAAAAACUAUAAAACCGCCCCCUGUGAGAGAUAUGCAGCUGGGAUAUGCCAUUAUGGCAAGGAUUGCUGGUUCAUUCAUGACCCCACUUACUUGGCGCCAGGGAAGUCGCCCUCAGAAGUGUCUUUGGAUGCUUCUGUGACCAGCGAUGGUACCACAACCAGAGUCGGCUCUCCUCCCCCUCCUCCAGCGUCGACCCCGACGAAAAUUACGGCCCCGUUAAGCGCCCGUGUGAAGGCGCACCCUUCCUAUAAAACCCAACAAUGUUACGCGUUCAAACGAUCGGGAAAGUGUGAGAGAGGUGACAAUUGUACCUAGUCAGUCAUUCAGCUUAAGUCGAGGGGAUAUCUCUUAAAACUCUAUGCGCAUUCCCGCUCAACGCGAUCCCUUGUUUCUU